AAGGGGAACUGCUUUUAAGAAAGAUCCAGUUUCACUUGAUACGUGAAAUUGACCAAACCCUUAGUUCAUGUCAUAUAACCCUAUGCACUAAGCCUCCACAAUGGCAUCAUCAACUCCUAAUCAGAUGUUAAAUACCUCAUGGACAUUACACCGUCUAUCGCCUUUACACCAUGAAAAAGAAUUCCAGUCUAUUUUGGACAACCCAGACGCUCUAAAAACUUACGCAAAUCGACUGCGUGACCAACUCACAGGAGAUGUGCUAGCCGGCUUCCAAGUUGGCAUGAGCGCAACCACCGUAGAGGAAGAUACACUCUCCCGAACCGGCGCUCUCAAGGAUUGCACCUGGGAAGCUAUAUCAAGCCUCUCUUUAGGGGAUCCCAACAUUACCCGUUCCGAGGACCCCUGCGGAAUUGUCGUGGUACUUGAGUAUGAAAAUAUCACCUACAAAGCCGCAUUACUGGCGCCACCAAAUGGAUCCCACCUUCACAAAGCUAGCACUUAUCUCCCGUUACUGUUAACGCGGUUACCGGGGCCUCUACGACAGACAUUCGUCUCCUUUCUCUCUGCAAAUUUUGACACUUACUGCUCUGCACUUCGCCUCCCCUCACAGUUCCUAUGCGCCGGGCUCGCGUCCUACGUGGACGCUUUGACGCAAGGCCGCGACAGAGAAUCAGCAGCUUCGCGGACUAUUCUCGAGGAGCUCGUGAAGGAGAUACAGAUCACAGUAUCUUUCUCUGCCUCUGUGGCUCCUGUAUUGAGAUCUCUCAAUAUUAAUAUCCCUCGGGGUUCUAUCACAAGUUUUCUGCCUGCUACUGAUGAUUCGAAUCAACCGAGUGGUUCGAUUCUUUCUGGUCUUUCUUCGUAUAUUGAGAAGCAUCUUGCGAUGGAUCUAGAUCUAGCUGGCUUGUCUGCUAAAGACAGCCCAGCUAGAAAACACGUGCGUAUCAGCAAGAUUGCGUGCGGCGGGUUCGUCUUGGGUGCUGAGGGGCGAAUGAAACUGGUUGCGCAGCCGAUACGAAGUGGAGCUGCAGAUGAUUAUUUGGCUGAAGACAACGAUCAUUCUCGAGAUGAGAAGAAACGCCUUGCGUUGAGAGCGAGCGAGGUGUUACUUCUCUCUGUCAUUCGCAGAAGUCUUAUCAGGGAGCCCUAGCCGACUUGACUUGCGCGGGUUCUGGGGGAAAGCCGGUGCUUAUAAAGGGGGCUCUAGGGGCACAUGAUAUUGGACAACUUACGCUAUAUUGCUAAUGCUUCAAAGGCCAGCAUAUUGCGGAGAGAACAAUUCAAUUGGUUGCUAGAUUCAUGAACAUUCACUAACAGGA